AUGGACCGUGGAGCUCAUAUCAAAAGUCGUCGAGUCCUCCUACAACCCAGCGGUUUCGAAGAGGGCUUACCCGUCACAAUCCUUGGUGAAUAUGACGAAAUCUUGAACCCAACUGGUCAAGAGGACGAUGUGGCUGCAGUCAACUCGCCUCCCAAGGUUGAGACUGUUCUACAGCUAUGUCAUUUUGCGAAGGCGUCACACUCUAGCGUGCUGUCUCCCGGAAGUAUCGACGCUGCCCCGUGA